CAGCGGCCGCGAACUUGAAACGCGGAACGUCACAAAUCACAAAACAUCUGUGAACAUCCUUUUACCCCCCUUACUAUCUCUACUAUUUCCCACCACAAGUGCACUCUUUUGGCUACAUGUACAAACUACAUGUUGCUAAAGUUAGUCCCCCAUUAUUAAGUAAUAAAUAGUGGAGCAGAAAACGAAACGAUCACAAAUCACAGGAUCGAUGUAACGCAAGCCGACUUGCUUUCAGCAAUCAAUCAAUUGAUUUUCGCGUAAACUUACGAUAAGUCGACCAUGGCGGAUGCUACGGCUUCAACUUCUAACAACGUGGUUAUAGUGGGCGCUGGUUUGGCCGGUUUGUCUUUGGCCCUUGGUCUGACUAGUGGUACUAUUAAAAAUAGUGCUGGUAAGGAUAAUGACCGUUGGAGAGUUCAUUUGGUGGAGAAGCAAUUUAACUUUAGCAGGACUGGAGCUACCUUUGGCUUGCAGCCCAACGGUCAAAAGGCUCUCAAGGAACUUGCACCUGGCAUUGUGGAGGAGCUGAAUCAAGUGGGACUCUUCAUUCCCCAAAGUGGAGGAACUAUGCUAGGAUGGUGGAAUGUCAGGGAUGCCUUGCUAGCCAGAGUACAGCAGGAAGCCUCCAAGCCAGAUGGAACUGCCAAGAUUUCACUGCAUACCGGCUACUUGCUGCAAGACGUACUAGAUUCAGAAGAUGGAGUCAAUGUCACCUUCCAAAAACACAAAAAGCAAGCAGAUAGUAAUAGCAUAGAACAAGCAGGAGAUUCCAACCUGCUGACUUUGCAAGCCAGUAUCCUCAUUGGAGCUGAUGGGGUAAACUCAAGUGUGCGGGAUCACUUGGGUCUGCCCAAAGCAAAGUGGACCAACGUUGUCAUGUGGAGAUCUCGUCUAUACAUACCACCCAACAAAGAUGAUCCCAAGUCUACACCUGCUGCAGACAUACUCAGGCCAUACUUGGACAUUCCUAUUGUACCCCUUGGUGUCCGCCUGCGAGGCUGCACCAAUUACGCAUUCUUUAAUUUCCAUCAAAAAACGCCAGGCACCAUGGCUCUGGUCGCCAAUUAUAAACUGGAUCAAGAGCAAGCAGAUAAAAGUAUGCAGCAGUUUGUACCCGGAACGUCAGUUCAAUCCUUUCUCGAAGCUCAGGCAGACGAUGAAAAGGAAGUGCAAGAAAUCAGAGCCAUGGCAGAAUUGUGCGAUCACGAUGGGCUCCAUCAUCCUAUCAAGCAAAAGGUUGUCGUCUUGCCAGAGGAAGACGGGAAAGGAUGGGGAGGCAAAGGACGCAUCACACUGCUGGGGGAUGCCGCACAUGCCCUCCGACCUGCUUCCGGCCAAGGAGGCUCCAUGGCUUUUGAAGAUGCCGUUGUGCUAUGUCGCGUUCUACAAAAGAAAUUUGGAAGCAGUAAACAGGAUCAAGCCCCUACCAAAACGGAAAUCGAACAAGCUUUACAGGAAUACGAAAACACGCGUCUGCCUCGAGUCCGAAAACUCUGGGUCGAUCAAUGGGAACGAGCAGAGGCUACCUACAAAAACAUCACCGUGAAACCAUGGGACGAAGAGUUCUCAAAUUGGGUCUUCCAAGGAGUCUAGCUUUGCUAAUUGACAGCAUGCGGAGAAUAUCACAUAGGAAGUCCGACACGACAACUAAUAAUUCCAGGCAUCAUAGCGAGACAAGCAAGCAGUCUGCCCAACCAUCUCAUUUCUCCACUUUAGAGACGGCAAAUAGAAAUUCAUGGUAACAUGUGCGUAGUUCACAAAGCAUAUUCAAUACAUUACAUUGCAAGUUCGUAAUAGUAUCACAGUAGAGCCACUCCCACCUGCUCGUCUUCUGGUCGCUGACCUGACAUCAUGCUUGUUCCAAACAAACACUUGUCAGAGGCCAAACUCACGUUUUCUGGGACGUGGCAGAAUUUGGUUUUCGUUUAAUUAAAAAGAAACAGACACAAUUCAAAUCGUCCCUCCUGACGAGCAUCUCUCGUUGUCUCGAGACUGCACGAUAGCAUGAUUGAGCUGUCCGUUUCAUGACUGCAUCUAGCCCUCAGAAAUGUACGCAAUGUAUCCCAGACCCAGCAUCAACGCCAUUACGAUCACCAGAGCGAUGUUGACGCUGGGGUGGUCAACGUCUUCGUGAUGGCCACAAUAAAAGAGCCCACAUGGCAUGCUAGAGGCUUGGCUAAUCUCAUCCAUGACACGCGUGUAAAUGUUUUCGUCCACUGCCAAUGCAAAGGAUGUGGUGGGCAAUGCUCCAAACGGAUCUUUUGGUUUGCGCGACUUGUGGUUCGAUUCGUGGCCGGUGCAACCAUGGUAACAUGCCGGGCAUUGACACGUGCAUUUGUGGUACUCGAGAUUGUACAGAUCCUCGUCUUCCCACAUCAUGGCUUCUUCGGCAGCACGAUGGUACUCUUCAAAAGCUUCCGUAUCCACUUCAGUUGCAUAAAUCCAUCCCGUUGUCAGAUCUUUGCUGGUGGUCAGGUGAACGUUUUCUUGUGGAUAAUGCAUUUCCAUUUUUCCGGUACUUUCGUUGUAGCCCGAAUAAAAACUGGACUUCCGAAUGUCGCUGACAACUGAGAGGAACGAAGCUUCACUCUGGACCGAGACUCCUGUAGCCGAGGAAUAGCUGGCAAGACUCGAUGACCGCCGAUGAUGCCCUCCAGCUCGAGACGAUGCAGAACCCGCCGAUGGUAGGGGCAUUGGAUUGCUGUAAGAUGCCGAGGACUGUUGCGGAGCGUUGUUGUUGUUGUAGCUGGCCGAUCGAAUUCCCGCCGUGCCACUGGAGCGCACUCGUCGAUGUCCUGGCGACGAUGUCAUUCUCGGGUCCAUGUAUUGUUGUUGUUGUUGUUGUUGUUGUUGUUGUCGGGGUACGAUCACU